CAGCGGCCAGCAGAGGGCUCGGGUUAUAGCGAGAGGGAGGCGGAGGGAGCCCCGGCGCCCCUUCCUUCGCUGUCUUCCCAGGGGGUCGGCGGCUGAGCUGAGCUUUUCGGGCAGGAAUCUGGGAACGGGGCCCGGAAGCCUCGGGGGAGAGCUACGCGGCUACCGCUGCAGCCCCACCCGCCAGCCGAGCAGGCCGGCUCCUCGGAGUCCCGCGGCGUCGCCUCUCCCCGACCGGAGUGAGAACUGGCUUCGGGCCGCGGCAGCCAUUAAAUUCCUCCUGCGCCGUGGUGUAGACGGACUGCGGGCUGCGGUCGAGGCGCGUAAGGCGCUCUUUAAGAGCUGUUGACAAAAUGUUGACCCAGGAGACCAAGAAGACCUUUAAACAGGAAGAAGAGGAGAAGGAACAGCAGCAUGAGCCCCACUUGAAGGACUUCAAAGAAGAGCAGAAGACACCUGGGGAACUCACAGUCAAGAAGAAGCAUAACUGUUCCAACUGUGGAAAGAAUUUUUGCCGCCGCUCAGAUCUUGUCAGACACCAGAAACUCCAUUCGGGAGACAGGCCCUUCACCUGCACCAAGUGUGGGAAAGGCUUUGUCCAGAGCACCCACCUCAUUGCCCAUCAGAAGAGCCACACCAGAGAAAAGCCCUACUAUUGUCCUCACUGUGGGCGGAGCUUCAAUCAGAUCUUAAAUUUCAACAGGCACCAGAGAACUCACUCGCAGGAACCCCCUUUCAAAUGUUCCGACUGUGGGAAAACCUUCAGCCGCAGCUCAAACCUUAUUAUGCACCAGAGGACCCACACAGGAGAACGACCCUACAAAUGCUUCGACUGUGGGAAUAGCUUCAGUCGGAGUUCCACCCUGGUGACUCAUCAGAGGACCCACACCGGCGAGAAACCCUUUAAGUGCCAAGACUGCUGGAAGAGCUUUGGAAGACGCUCAACCCUCGUCAUGCACCAGCGGACUCACACUGGGGAAAAACCCUACAAGUGCUCUGACUGCCCUGAAACGUUUAGCGUGAAGUCCGGCCUUCUGAGUCAUCAGAGAAUCCAUAUGACCGAGAAGCCCUAUCUGUGCCUGGAGUGUGGCAAAAACUUCUGCCGGAGUGCAGACCUCAUUAUACACCAGAGAAUUCACACUGGAGAAAAACCCUAUCAGUGCAACGCUUGUGGCAAGAAAUUUAAUACAAACUCCCACCUUGUAACACAUCAGAGGAUCCACACAGGAGAAAAACCAUAUAAAUGCCCCGAAUGCGGGAAGAGCUUUUCUUAUAGUUCAGUCCUGGUCGGUCAUCAGAGACUUCACACAGGAGAGAAACCUUAUGCCUGUCUUGAGUGUGGGAAGACUUUCCGUAACAAUUCACAUCUAAUCACUCAUCACAGAGUACACUCAGGAGAGAAACCCUAUGCGUGCCCUGAGUGUGGUAGAAAUUUUAGUGUAAGUUCAAAUCUUACAAAGCAUCGGAAAAUCCAUGAAAGAGAGACCUCCUUUAAAUGUUCUGAGUAGGAAAUGUAGUGGAUGACAUUCUGAUUAGCUACUAAAAAAUGCUUGAGGAAGAUAAAUAUAUGGCUUAUUCUGGAAAUGUUGCUAGAACAUCCAAAUGUUUGCAAUAAGGAUGGCCAAGAUGGAAGUAGACAUAAAAUAGCAAAGAACGUAUUCCAUGUCUAGUAUAAAAGAAUGUAAUUAUUAAAAAAACUGAUUUUUAAAAAUAUUUUCUCUUUGAGGGUCAGAUAGGAUGAGGAAAACGUUUUAAGUUCAGAUUCUACAACAAGGAAACUCACAUGUGUUUCUUUCUCCCCAAAAUAAUGAUACACAAAGCAAGUAUAUUUGCAUACCUUUUCUUGCUUACUUGCUAUUGUAAAGCCCUAAUUUUUCAACAUAUGGUGGCAGCCGAGCAUAAGAGAAAUGUGGAAAAAUAUGAUAGCAGCAGGGAGAGGGGCUUUUUUUGAAAGUUACACAUCUGGGGAAUUCCAGCUGUUCAGGUUAGUCAUCAAGAAAUGCCAGGCAAUCGUGUAUCAGGCAAAUGGGUCAAAAUACUGUUAGAACUUAAAAAUGGUUCUGAUUCAGUUCUGCUGUAGCUCCUAUGCUGUAAGCCACUUGAGUAUUGAAUAAACAGAAAGCAGGAUAUGGUAAAUAAAGAUGGUAUUUUACUUGGCUGCCAAAAGUGUAGGCUAAUGUGUGAGCCUUAACAGUUUUUAUAUCAUCCGUCAAGGAGGAUGAAGGUGUGGAAGAUAAAAUGAAUCACUCCCAACUAAUCCCUAAGAAGACCUAGCUUUCUUUAAUUAACGUUAGCUCAUGGCCACUGAAUUUUCUAUACAGCCUUAAGGAUUAGAAACCUGGUAUCAUUCUCGGGAUCCUGGUUUCUGUGUCAGAUGCCUGAUUUUGUAGUUGUGCAAUCCAUCUUGUGUGGAUGGGAAAGAUUUGGUUGCAAAUGUAACAUUGCUGGUGAUUUGCUGUUAAUUUUUUACUGACACACAAAGAAGAAAGCUAACUCUACUGCUGUUGAUGGACACUUAAGAGGAACAACUUUGCUUCACAGUAUCAUGGCAAAGAAACUAAUGAGGUUCAUGCAUUGUGCUAAGCCUUCACAUUUGUUUACUUUUGGCUUAGGGUGGUGUGUGAACCGAGACAAUGGUGACUUGUUCAAUAUACUAUCGUUAAAUGAACUGUGUGAGCCUCUGUGAGGGAGUAUGUGUAAAAGUUUUCCUGGAAAAGUAGUGCUAUAUGAGUGCAGGUGGCAACACAUGACCAACCUUGACUGAUCUCAGAAGAAGCUCAGCAGAGUCAGAAAGGUUAAUUUUUGGAAGGGAGACUGCUGGAGAAGCAGUGGCAAGUUAGGAGUUGAGUUUAAUGCAAGGGAGGCUUUAUGGUGGUCAGGAGCCUUGUUAAGGAAUGAUUGCCAAUUAGAUUGUGCUCAGGCAGUGAACCAACUCCGGCCCUGGGUUGAUUGCAUUGACUUUCUGGAUGCUUAGAUUUCUUACCCCUCUUUGCUCAAGAGCAGAAGCUACUGUUUUCGGUAAGCCUGGUAGAGUUGCAGCUGUCCUCCCUUCUCAGGUGCAUCCCAACCCAUCUGGAAGGCAUCCAGGUGGAAAAGGUGGCUGCAUGCCCAGGGAUCAGCAGGCACGGAUGGCAAAGUAUUGGGAGGAGUGCCGAAGGAACAGAGAGCAAUUCUAGCCAUGGGCAGUUACGUCCCACGUGUUAGAUUUCGGAGAGAAAAAUUAAAGUGUACCAAUAUCAUUACCAGCAGUCUCACUGCAUCUGGAAAACAGCAGUUUGGGGGGGUUUAGAACUAUUUCUACUCAUUUUUCGGACAGGAAAGGGCUCCUUCCUAGAUCGUUUUACCAAAAGACAUAGGAGGGAGAAAGCAUAAUUGUGCUGGCUAUAUUAAUCUAAACAUUAAUUUUUUAAAAAACUAUUUUAACAGAAGCUGCAAACAAUAACUGAACCUGGGCCGUUUUGCCAUUGGGACAAUCCAAAUUAAAAGACACAAACAGCCUGCUUGACAGGACAAGUGCAGAGACCAGUGUUCAUCUCAGCCAUAACAACAAAGCAAAACACCCUCGCAGCCAAAGCCAUUAUCUUUAUUAUUGUAGGGACUUUUAAGAAUGUAGUCCAUAUUAGGUUUCAAAGUACGAAAGCCACUUCUGGAAGGAACUGGCUGUCCUGAACUGUUUUUCAAAGGGAGGAGUGGCAUCUUGUGGUUGAUCUCCAACUUGCAGCCAAGGUCUGUAACCACGGUGCAGCUCUGGCAUGAAACGAAAUCCAGGUGAGUCUUAAAAAGCAGGGAAGCUGGAUGUUCCAGGCUGGGAAGACUUGGUUAAACCAAAUGCAGCCAGGGGAGUUUGCAUCCAUUUCCGAAACAUGGAGGUUUCCUUGAUUUUGCAUAUCUCAUCUUCCGCAACCACAAACAAGUCAUCUAUUUUGGGGAAUGUUUUAGAAUAUGUUUGUAUUUAUCAAAUUUGUCACCUCCCAUCUCGUUAAAAAAAGACGACUCUGGGCAGUUUACAGAGAAGCCAAAAUCAGUUAAAAAUACAAUAUAAAAUAGACCUAAAUAAAUAAGAAAUAAAUGUUCUGGAACUUCACUCUGAACUGAAACUAAGGCUUCCUUAGUUUUUUGCAUUAGUGAGCCUACCCUGCUGGAACUGACUCACUAAUGCAAAAAAUUAUUACCUUUAGUAGGCCAUUUCUUAAUCAUUUCCUUGCCAUUUCCUUUUAAAAUUUUAAAUUUUUUUAAGAUUGCUUUUUUCUAGCUUAAAAAAACAUGUUCUUGAAGCAAUUUUUUUCAUCCGAAUUGUAUUAUAUAUUCACAAAACUGCUAUGCUGCUCUAUACGCAGUUCAGCAAAGAAGUAUUCACCCCCUUUCGGUUUUUUUCUGAAUGUUUCUGUAUUUUUGCCACUGCAAGUUAUCAGGGCUUCCUGUGAGUCCUAGUGAUACAUAAAGGGGGUAUGAAUGAAUAAACACCAGAGUUUGGUGCUUUUUUCCUUUAUUUCAUAACAAAUCCAUCCAAUGUGAUGUGUUGGGGCAAAAAGUAAUCACCCUCUUAACUUUCAGGAAAUGUUGCACCACCUUUAGCUGCAAUAAUCCAUCAAAUGCCUUUUACAAUUGAUGAUCCUUUUGUCACAAUGCUGUAUAGCAAGUCUGCAAAUUUUGUUCGCUCCUCCAUGACUAACUGCUUCAACUCAACAAUAUUUUAAGGAAACUGCUCAUUUCAGCUCUCACACAACUUUCCUAAGGAGUUUAGGUUUAGACUCUGAGUUGUCUAUUCCAAAUCACUGAGUUUGUUCUUCACCUUGUAGACAUGAUUGUAAGUUUGGGGUCACCAUCUUGCUGCAUGGCCCAUGAUGGGCCAUGGGCAUGUCAGCUGAUCGGCAAGCAGCCAGACCGCCUGUAUUUUCUAGUAUAAAGCAGAAUUAACGCUUCCAGCAAUGAUGGCAUCUCAUCCUGGUCUUGAGGGGGCACAGCACCCUCAGACCUUGAGACUACCAUCUCAAUGGUUGACAGUUGAUGUGAGGCUUAUUACCAAAUGAAAUGUUUGGUUUCUGCCAGAGGUGAAGACACCCAUGAGGCCUAAGCAGUUCCACUUUUUAUUCAUCUAUCCAUGAAACAUUCCUCCAAAAGUCUACAGCAGUGUUUCUCAAC